GCGCGUCAGCGAAGAUUUUACAGACACAAGUCGAACUGUUUUCAAUAGAACAACUUGCCAGAAACUAUUUACAAGAAUGAAAUUCUUCGCUGCUGCCACUUUCGCCGCCGUCUUGGCUUGCGCUUGCGCUGACGUCUCUCAUUUGGGCUACAACUAUCAGCAACCCGCAGCCAGCGUGCCUGCUCCAGUCUACUCUGCACCAGCGCCAGCACCAGUUUACCAACCCGCCCCUGCUGCCCCAGCACCAGUUUACCAACCAGCUCCAUCAGCUCCUGUAUCAGAAUACCUCCCACCUGCAGCCAGUGCUCCAGCACCAGUCUACUCAGCACCAGCACCAGCUCCAGUUUACCAACCUGCUCCUGCUGCCCCAGCACCAGUCUACGCUCCAGCACCAGCACCGGUUUACUCAGCUCCAGCUCCUGCUCCAGUCUACCAACCCGCCCCAUCAGCUCCUGUCUCUGAAUACCUCCCACCCGCUGCUAGCGCUCCUGCUCCAGUAUACUCUGCACCAGCGCCAGCUCCAGCUCCAGUUUACCAACCCGCUCCAGCUGCUGCCGCUCCUGAGCCAGUCUAUUCCGCUCCAGCUCCAGCUCCAGUUUACUCUGCCCCAGCUCCUGCUCCAGUCUACCAGCCUGCUCCUGCUGCUUCUGAAGUCUACGAACAGCCCGCUCAAGAUGGUUAUAGAUACCGCACUGUCCGUCGUCGUGUCUACAAACAACGUCGUUUCUAAGCAAAGUCUUCCAGA